AUGGAUUAUUUGCAUGCACACAAUAUUAUUCCAGCCUGGCCAUACAUGGUUGGGCUGGUUGCAAUAAUAUCUGUCUGGUGGUGCGUCAGUCCAAAGACAAAUAAGAUACCUAUCGUUGGCGAUGCUAAGAGCCAAAACUUUAUGGCUGCAUUGGAGGAAGGGUCUCGAAAGCAGUAUCCGGAAUCGUGUUUUCAAAUCCCGACUCGUGAUAUCCCAACCAUCAUUGUCCCACGUAAAUGCCUCUCUACCAUUGCUUAUGCCCCUGAGCAUAGAUUGAGCUUGGGAAGGGAGGUGUAUGAACGAUUGAUGGGCCGUUACACGAAGAUGGUAAAGAGUGAUCACUUGGCUGAGUUUCUAACUGAUAUCCCAGAAUGGAAACCACUUCAGCUUUUCUCUGCCAUGGUCAAACUGGUCCCAUUACAUAUUGGGCGCACCUUUAUCAACUCACCUCUUUCUAGGGAGCAAGAAUGGAUCGACUUGACACUGGAGUAUGCUAUCUCAACUGUAACGAUUGCCGCCAAAAUGUCAAACACCCACUGGAUGCUACGUCCGUUCAAGGCCCUUUUCCUCCCUGAGAUUGGGAAGAUGAGCCAGCAAUUUAAGCAGGCCAGCAAGCUAUUGUCCCCAGUAUUAAACGCCAGGCUUUCAGGAGAUGCUCCAGGCACUAAGGAUUUGAUGCAAUGGAUAAUUGAUAACUACCCGGGACAGAGCAACAACUUGGCCCUCCAUACAAGGUUGCAACUUGAGGCUGUACAAGCGGCAACAUAUAAUCUAGCGUUUCAGCUCAUCCAUUUCUUUUUUGACAUUCUAGCUCAUCCAGAAUACAUAGAACCAUUACGAACUGAGAUUCAAACUGUGUUUGAUUCCUGUGGAGGGACCUGGACACCAGCAGCUUUGGCAGAGCUCCGUAAAUGUGACAGUUUUCUCAAAGAAUCUCAAAGAUUGAACCCCAUCGGCAUUGGUAAAUACACCCAUUUUUAUCCCAAGCAAAAGCAUGUCACUAAUAUCAAAACAGUCAGUGUAAGCCGUUUUGCUUUGUCGAAGUUUGACCUGCCUGAUGGUACCACGGUUCCAGCAGGCAUCUCUGUUUCUGCUCCGGCUAUGACUGUCAACACAGAUUCGUCCCUAUGGGAGUGUCCGACGCAGUUUGAUGGCUACCGCUUUGAGAAAUUGCGCCAAAUCAAGGGCAAUGAGUACAAGUACCAGUUUUCUUCUAUAAGGUAA